AUGAAGACGCACAUAUUUAUAAUCCUAGUUUUUGGACUCUCUGCAUACGCGAAAACCAUAGCGGAGGUGAUCGCAGAAACGGAAAAUGGAGCACAGACUACAGACAGUUUUAACGACCCACAGACAACAGAGAAUAGUUUUGUGACAUCGGAACCAGAAAUUGAUUUAAAUUUAAAAAACGUUGAUGCUAGUAUGGAAAUCGUAAUUGAAGAGAACGUAAAAACGCCGUAUAAUUUACUUAAUGAAGCUGUGACCGACUUUGAUUUGGGCGAGGUAUCACCCAAUGAUGGUGACUUCUACUACAAUGACGUCAUCAACAGAGACCCCAAUGAAAUAAUGGAUACCGCUGCCGGUUUCGCACCAUUACCUUUUCUGAAAAAGAGGAGGAAGGCACAAAGGCCGUAUGCAACAAGAAGAUUCUUCCAAAAACCUUACGCUUAUAGAAGAUUUCAGUACUUUUACCCCUAUUAUUAUGGGUUUUACCGCCCCAGCUCUCUAAGAUAUUAUAAUUAUUAUUAG